ACUGGGGCCUUGUCGUCAAGGCGGCGAGAAGCAAUUUUAGCGAAUCUAAAUUCAGCAAAGAGGGAAGGUGCUGUCGUCAAAAUCUGGCAUGCAUGGCAAUCACGCCGGCCAAAGAAAUGCGCUGCAUCGAUACACAACCAGAAUCAGAACACCUUUCUGCCACGUACUGCAGACUCAUUCUCCUGUCUUAGUUUCGUCUGUGUGGCACCAGCAGCACCGUGCUCACUUGGGAACACGCUAAAAUUUUAGCGCAACGGCUCCAGACUUGAUUAAUUACCAGCUCAAGCUCACUUUGAACAUCGUCGGAGCGACACUGCAACAACCGCCUCGUCGACAACACGAUGAAGAAUCUCGCGGUGCUCGUUGCCUUGCUAGGUGGCAUCGCUGCCAUGCCGACAAUUGACUUAGUAAGUCUUGUCCUCUCACCUCACUGGCCUUCAGCUGAUACUUGUCAGAGCAACAGCAUUGCUUUCCCGAACAAGAUACUACAAGCCGGAAACAUCACUUGCACUCAAGAUGAGAUCCCAAUCGAAAUUGACACAGCCGCUGAUGUCGCGACGCAUUUCAACCAAUUCUGCCACUCGACAAAGUUUCCUGCUUCUCUUGCCAGAGGCGCUUCUCUCAUGGAGAGCUAUGAGAUCGGUAUCGCGGGCAAAUUUGCUUUCUUUGGCGGUAAGUCAUGCUUUGAAUCCCUCGUGUGGCGUGAGCUCAAGUUGUGCAGUCGAAAAUCUCUGGUGCGACGAUUCAUUCGAGAUUACCUCGGAGUUUUGCUCAUCCACAUUCGAAGACAUAACAACCACGUGCCAGAAGGAUAAGGAUUUGCCAGUCGGCUUCCUGGGAGCUGGUAUCUCGGAGUUCACCUGCGGGCGCAUUGGGUUCGACGUAAGUUUCCAGCAACAGCAUCGUUCAGUAUGUGUAACAGAUGGACUGACAUUCCUUCUGUGGUACAGCCAAGCUUGAGCAAGCCUACAUCCGGUAAAGCUGCUCUUGACUCUUUCCACGGACUUAGCAAGCGCAAUGCUAGCAUCACGUCCUGCCAAGGCUGUCCGCAGUGCACUUCUCCCACGUCUUCGUGUCGACCACCGAAUUGGAUGAGUUGCUCGGACGAGGAGAGAGCUUGUCUGCUCGGUAAUGCUUGCG